AUGGAGAAGUCCCUCGAUUUAAGCAGCUUUAACAAAAGCGAUAGGGAGAAAAUUAUGAAGAAGAUAAACAAAGCGGAAUAUGAAGAUACCAUGAGCACAUAUAACUCCAUUGUGGAAAGAUGCUUCAACGAGUGUAUCACUUCAUUUAGGUCCAAAGAACUCGAUAACAAUGAAAACAACUGCAUUUUAAAUUGCGUUAAAAAGUUUUCCGUUUUUUCGCAGAGAAUUGGCAUGAAAUUCACGCAAAAUUUGAACAACGAAAUGCAAAAGAAGGCAUAA